AACUAACAAUUAAAACAACCGCUUCAGCUCAUAAAGAUCCAAAGAAACAAACGCCACCAGCCAAGAGCCCGGCCGUCUAGAAAGCUUUGUCCUUUUCCCCUCCUUUCCUUGGAUUUUACUCUGUUUUUUCCCUCCCCACUUGUAUAUCAUUAACCUCUUAAUCCGGUCAAAGUAUGCGACUGGGAAAGGGCCAUGUACUCAUGUUCAUAUGCGGUGAUGAAAGACAGCUUAUCUUUAUAUUGAUGAUUUUGGAUUUCCCCACCCCCAAUAUAUGAGAAAAGGGCUCACCUUUCCAAUUUUCCGCUUUCACACUACAUUCCACCUCCCUCUCUAUCUUCUCCCCCUUCACGGACUUCUCUUCUUUCUUCCUCUGCCCUGCUUCUGGAAAGCUGGGAAACUUUCCUGAGUUGGGCUCCUUCCUUUCCUGCAGCUGGGGAAACAGUUGAUCUCUUCUAUCUCAAUCUUUCUGUUUCCGGGAAGCUUGGUUGUGUUCAUUUCAUGGGUUCCUGCUUUAGUUCCGGAAUCAAAGCUGGCAACCCCUUCUUUAAUGGGUCGAGGAAAGAUUUGAGCGGGUCGACGAGCAAGGUAUCAUCGUCGGCUGGGGCAGUGCCUACUACGCCGAGAACAGAGGGCGAGAUCUUGCUAGCUACAAACUUGAAGAGCUUUACCUUCGGCGAUCUCAAGGCGGCGACUCGAAACUUCCGCCCCGACAGUUUGUUGGGUGAAGGCGGGUUUGGGUGUGUCUUCAAAGGAUGGGUCGACGAGAAUUCGCUCACGGCUGUAAGGCCUGGAACUGGGAUGGUUAUUGCCGUCAAGCGGCUUAACCAAGAGAGCUAUCAGGGCCACCAGGAAUGGCUGGCGGAAAUCAACUACCUGGGGCUGCUGUACCAUCCAAACCUGGUGAAAUUGAUCGGUUACUGUAUUGAAGAUGAACACAGGCUUCUGGUGUACGAGUUCAUGCCUAAGGGCAGCCUGGAGAAUCAUCUAUUCAGAAGGGCUUCUUAUUUCCAACCUUUGUCCUGGAACCUGCGUAUGAAGGUUGCAGCUGAUGCUGCCAAAGGUCUAGCAUUCCUUCACAGUGAUAAGGCCAAAGUGAUAUACCGGGACUUCAAGACUUCCAACAUCCUUCUCGAUUCGAGCUACAAUGCUAAGCUCUCGGAUUUCGGGUUAGCCAAGGACGGUCCAACGGGGAGUAAGAGCCACGUCUCUACAAGAGUCAUGGGCACAUAUGGGUAUGCAGCUCCUGAGUACAUGGCCACAGGCCAUCUGACAUCGAAGAGCGAUGUGUAUAGCUUUGGGGUGGUCCUGCUGGAGAUAAUCUCGGGCAGGAGAGCCAUAGACAAGAACAGGCCGUCGAGGGAGAAGAGCCUCGUGGAAUGGGCGAGGCCUUACUUGGGUAGCAAGCGAAAGAUCUUCCAAGUGAUGGAUGCAAGGAUCGAAGGGCAGUACACUGUGAGCUGCGCGCUGAAAGUGGCGACUCUAGCAGUGAGAUGCUUGUCAGCAGAGCCCAAGUACAGACCAAACAUGGCUGAAGUGUUGACAAUUUUGGAGCAGAUUCAUCACGAGUGCAGUAGCACUAGUCGUAGUAGUAAUGAGGGUGAAUUAACAAGAGGAUCAAGACCGCAAGAAGCACGAGUACUCAACAAUGGUGGUGGGAAGCCGAGAAAGAAGGUGGCCAAUGGAGUUCAUGUUGUGGGUAAUGGAAGGGCUCCUUCUUCCCCCAGACCAUCUGCUUCACCUCUCCGUGCAUAGAAGGGAAUUUGCCGAAUGUGCAUUUUUUGCUUUGGAACUUUGGGAAGUUUGUCUGUUGUAUAUCCGAGGAUGUACAGGUUUGAAGCCGGAUAUCAUUGUACAGCUUUUGCAUUCUUCUUUCGUUUCCUCCAAUGUCAACUCGGUUUUGACAUGUUCUUGACUGGAAACUGCUGUAACUGCAGAGUGGUUCAUGAAUCAUGUUAUCAUCACUUCUCCUGUUAUGUGG